UAAAUAGGCUGCGGACCGUUAUACUGUAGGCUGUCGAUCAAUGUUUCGAUUAGGCUACAGCUAAGAAACCCAUUUUGGCCAUACGAUUGUUUAAGCUAUGUUAUAAUUUCUGUCAUUUAUUUCAGCAUCACAACAUGAAGACGGAGGCGUUGGUUUUACCAAACCUCCAAGCAGCACCCGGUUUGAACCGGUUUGGGUGAUGCGCGAACUCGUGGUACUCCCCCCUCUUGACAUGCAGUGUAUCAUAGCAUCCGCGCGCCCUCGUUGGUCACACCCCUAUGUCACCCCUUAAGUCACGCAUUCUCAUCCGCACACAUGCCUUGCGAGCCUCCGCAGCAUCAGCAUCCUGAUUGGACAAUAACCCCGGGUGCAUUCGUUCUCGUCCGGCGCCCCGGGGUUCAUUUUAGAACCAAUCCAAUUGUCUAAAAUACACGAACUCGGCCCAUUCAGUGUCCUGAGCGAGCUAUAACGAACGCACCUAUUAAUGCACCCGUUGGUUUACAAGCUGCGAUUGGUCGGUAUGAUGACAUACACUCGAUUAUCAUUCUCCAUCUGUUUUCGGGGAACGCGGACAAUUUUGUUGUAAACGAGGCGCGUGCUUGAAGAAAAACGCAGAACUGGAAAUAAACGUGCACCUUUUCAGCACCCGAUCCUCGUGGAUAGACGUACAGGUCCAUUCCGCCAACAGCUAAUCAAUCAGACCAAACAAGCAGCAUCCGUCUUUUCUUCGAUAAUCAUACAACUACCACAAUUGUGUUAUUCAGCCAAGCGGCUGCCGCGUUCACCGGAUAGCAGGCCUAGCUGUUGAGUUCGAUGAGCGGAGGAUUCGAAGCAAUACUGUACAAGCUUUGUUUGCCCUAAAGGGCUGCAAGUGCAAGGAGCCAUAGCUAAUACUGCUACAAGUAUUGUUUGUAGAAGAUAAUAAAUGCUGAUAUAGAUGAGAAACGCCCUUAUAAACAUUGUAGUAGAGUUACACAGCUUUUGUCUUGUGGUGCUUAUGAUUCAGCGGGAUGUUGGAUCGGAUGGGACCAGGAAUAACGGCCUGCAAAUGAAGGGACGCAAGUAGAAAUCGAGUAAUUAAUUGACUCCAUUUAAACGAACAGACUCAAUCGUGGUAUUUGCUUUUUUCCCCCCACAUCUUUAUUAUUCCCUUCGCUCUGACCAGGAUCCUGCUCUCUCGCUCGCCCGCCGCCCCCUCGGUCACAGCUGUGUAUUAACUACAAUUUUUUUAAUCGGCACGACACAGUUCGAUAUAAACAUGUGUUCUCGAGUUUGGUUUGUGACCGACCGACGUAUCCACCAGGAGUAUCCGCAAGUUCAGAUCCUUCGGGCUCUGAAACAGCGGUGCUCCGAGGAGGAUGUUGAAUUCCGCUCUCUUCUCAUGGACCAAAUCGUGCUCACCAUCAGCGAGGGACAAUUAGGUCUGCGGGUCGAGCAGGAGGUGGUGACAUCCUACCCUCAGGUGGCGGUGGUGCGAGUCCCCACCCCCUGGGUGCAGUCGGACAGUGACAUCACGGUGCUACGCCACCUGGAAAAGAUGGGCUGCCGGCUGGUCAACCGGCCCCAGGCCAUCCUCAACUGCGUCAACAAGUUCUGGACCUUCCAGGAGCUGGCCGGCCAUGGGGUCCCACUCCCUGAUACCUUCUCCUACGGAGGACACGAGAACUUCCGCAAGAUGAUUGAUGAAGCGGAACCGCUGGGCUACCCUGUGGUGGUGAAGAACGCACGCGGUCACAGAGGAAAGGCAGUGUUCCUGGCCAGGGACAAGCACCACCUGGCCGACCUGAGCCACCUGAUUCGCCACGACGCUCCCUACCUCUUCCAGGAGUACGUGAAGGAGUCUCACGGCCGCGACGUCCGGGUGGUGCUGGUGGGCGACCGCGUCAUCGGCUCCAUGCUGCGCUGCUCCACCGAUGGACGCAUGCAAAGCAACUGCUCCCUGGGCGGCGUGGGGAUGAUGUGCCCGCUGAGUGAGCAGGGCAAGCAGCUGGCGGUGCAGGUGUCCAACAUCCUUGGCAUGGACGUGUGCGGCAUUGACCUGCUGCAGCUCAACGACGGCUCGUUCGUGGUGUGCGAGGCCAACGCCAAUGUGGGCUUCAUUGCCUUCGAUCAGGCGUGCGGCAUGGACGUGGCGGGCAUCGUGGCUGACUACGCCCUCUCGCUGCUGCCUAGCCGCCUGACACGCAAGAUGUCGCUGCUCUCGGUGGUGUCCAGUGCCAGCGAGACUAGCAGUGAGCCUGAGGUGUGCCCGGCGCCCUGCAACGUACUGCCCGAGGCCGUGUGCAACAUGAGCGUGGGGUCCACUUCUAGUGAGAGCGACCCCGAGCUGGCCGAUACCACCCCGCAGCCCACGAGCCGCCAAGUUGGCCCCAGCCCGGUCCUGCCCAACCUCCCUGACCCGGCCUACAACUUCAACACCCUCCUCGCCAACGAGAUCAAACUAUUGACUGAGUGAGCUGAAUACAGCCACGGCACACAUGCACACUUACACACACAGACACACUUACAAACACACACCUGAACACAUGGCGACGGACAUUCCUGUUACAGAGCACAAACACAAACUCCUAUACACGUUACACAGGCAAAAGCAUGAGCUGAACAAACAAAAAUGAAAUGAAAAAUGCCAUGACCACAGAAACUGACAUUACGAACAGACAUAGACGCACACGCCUUCUCUUACUAACUCUCCCCAUAAACACAUAGAGAUCUGAGGCUGCUCCCCUGACUCUACUGCUCCUCUCCCCCACUGCGAACAACCCAGUUUUACAACCGCGGGUGGUGGCAGAAGUGGGAUCCAAAAGGUUAGCUGAAUUACUGAAUCUUUUUGUUUUCAAUUGCAUUGUGAGUGUGAGUUGAGUAAGAGUGUUUUUUGGGAGAACCCUAAAGAGCAUUGCAUACAUCAGCACAUAGUCAACCGAAGUUUUAUUUAUUUGCACCAAAGAAAACAAGUGAUGGACAACAAUACAGUUAAAAACACAUUUAAAACAACUGUUCGCAGGUGUGGUUGGAAGCCCAAGGCCUUAUAUGAAAAUCACGCCAGUCUGUCACCCAAUUGAACUGGACACACACUACAAAACUGUAUUUUGGAGAAUGAGAAUGAUGCGUGGUCGUCGUUAUAGAUCAACCACUGAGGAAGUAACCAGGCUUGAUUUACUGGUGGUGAAAUGAAGUGUUUUUCAAGUGAUUUUCUCCAUAACUGGGAGAGGGGUACAUACAGAGGACUAGUUAGACUGCCCACCAGCUCCAUGUAGCAGAGGACAGACCGGGUUCACCGUCACAGGGACUAUUAAGUGCAGAUUGGGGUCAAUUCCAUUUUCUUUCUCAGUUAAAUCUGGAAAUGGGAUGAUUGAAAUUGACAAAUAAAAAAAAUCGCUGUCACAUUUAAUUUGCAUUAAAUUCACAAAUUGUCUGUAAUCAAAAUGGGACUUACCACCCAAUGCUGACAAGGAGCCCCUAAACACGGGAUCAUUAGAAUAACAAAACUGACCUAGCACCAUUGCCUAGAGGCACCUUGUAUGGUAACAACACUACACGAUACCCUCUCAAGAGAUUCCAACUAUAAAUGCAUAAGCAUAGUUGACCCUGAAACUCUAGAAUCGAGCGCUACUGUCACUUGGCUAUCAAGUUAAUGUUUUUAGCGGCUCGUUUUUAUUAGGAUUUUUACAAGAACAAUAGUUAAACGGCGACUCUUUCUCUUCAUCUGAAAUAAAGCACUUUAAGAUAAACCGAUGAAUUGCAUGGUGGAACCACAUACUCGGGAGCAGGUUGACGUUUAUUGUCAUGAGGGUUGUCCUGGAGGCAGAACUGAGUGAUUUCCCCUUAGAUAGGCUAGCUGCAAAGUCAAAUUUGUCUAUAUUGUAAAAAUUCAUGAAAACUAAAAUGUGCUUUUUGGUCUCAAUUUAGGAUUAGAGAUGUUAUGAUUUUGUGGCUAUGAUAGCUAGUGACCAUUCUGCAGAGCUGCCUCCAGAACAAUAUUCAUGGGACUUGGGAGGCAAGUUGAAUCCGUCUAGAAACAGUGCGGAAGCUGUCACUACACCUACAAGAAAAAUAUACCUCAAUACAGAAAACUUCUCACUGCCAUAGAAUAAACUACUUUGAGUCAUACAUAUCAGCCAGCAUCCUUGUGGUUUCAAAUGAGACUUGACUUUACAAGAUUUCCCUCCCUUGAUACAUAGGGCGUAGAUAUACUGUAGUCAAGUACAUUUUUUGUAAAUAAUAAUUUUAGAAGUGUUGAUGCUUACUAGUCUCUGGCUGAUAUGAAAACCAUAAGGGCUGAAAUAACUGCUAACUUUCUCAACUUAAACAUUUUGGUAAACUUGUGUAGAAAAGAUUGGUUUGUACAGAACUACAAUGUCAAAAAUAAAUGUUUUACAAAAAACACGAGUGCUAAUGUUUCUGUGGAUUUGGCUAAAUGUGUUUAAUCAGCCCAAUGUUUUGACCGGUGAUGAUUACUGUUUAUUCAACUCAAGUGAGGUAAACUUCAUAAACCUGUUGUACAAAUAAAAUGCAAAACAAUACUUACUUUUUUUACAGUGUGUUUGACAGAAUGUUACUUUUUUAUUCCUCAAAAGGAAAACUUCUCCAGGGAUAUCUGUUGACUAGAGCUUCUUUCUUGAGCUUUUGGUUACUUGCGGUAAAUCUACCACUCAGCCUUCAAAAAAUACCUACCCACUAGGUAUUAACUUUGCAGCAUCCAUCAUCAACCAAAAAGCAUUCGCAGUAAACAUCCAAAGCACAAGCCAUUCUACUUGGUGCCACUUAGUGACUAGCUACAGCAUAGUGUUGAGGCAUAUAGCCCAUAUGUAGAAGGCUUCGAUGUCAAACCGUUGACUCUAACAUAACUCAGGGAAGCAGCCUUGAUCUCAUCCCCACUCCUAAGGCAUCUGACAUAUCCAUCCUAGCUACAGAUCUGCCUAAAAUGUGUAUUGAUGACAAACAAAAAAGGAUGUGUAACUAUUAAAAGAUGCGUUGUACCAUUAAGGUUAACACUCACUUUUUUUCCUUACUUGUUUUAUAAUGUUCAGUGUUUUUUCCACUAAUUCAUUUCUGGUCUUUUUUAAGGAUGUGGUUUGUGUGCACUUAUCUUGUCUCAAAGUGAGGCCGCUGUGAAGCAUGAUUUUUGUGGGGGGCGAUUUACUAACCAUCUGGAAUGUAAUAGGAAGAUAUCACAAGUAUGCCAAAUGCGAACACGGCAAAGAAUUUUUGGGAAAGUUUUAGGGAAAAUGCUGUCAAGUAUUUCAGCAGCUCCACUGGGAGGUAACACCAUUUACAGUACUGUGAUUUGUCCAACAUUAUGAAAUAUCUAUUUGAGUAAACUGAAUCCCCUGUACUUGUAAUAGGGCCAGGGGGUCUGAUCAUCAAUAAGUCACCCUGCUUCCACAGUUUCUGGGUGACUGGUCUACAAUUGUUGUUGUCCCUUUUAUUUUCCCAAAGGUUACAUUUGAUGUGUUGUCCUGUAUAUCAAGCCUGUGUCAUUAGACAUUCAUACUUUAAAAAAAUGAAUGUAAAGAGAAGACAUCCUAGAGUCUAGACCAGGGGGCAAAGUAUGGCCUUUCGGGCACUUCAAUCCGUCCCGCAAGACCCCUUUUUUCUCCCCAAUUUCAUGGUAUCAAAUUGGUAGUUACUGUCUUGUCCCAUCGCUGCAACUCCCGUACAGACUCGGGAGUGGCGAAGGUCGAGAGCCGUGCGCCCUCCGAAACACGACCCAGCCAAGCUGCACUGCUUCUUGACACAAUGCCCGCUUAACCCGGAAGCCAGCUGCAUCAAUGUGUCAGAGGAAAUGCCGUACACCUCCCGACCGCGUCAACGUGCAUGCGCCCGGCCCACCAUAGGAGUCGCUAGAGCGCGAUGGGACAAGGAAUCUCGGCCUGCCAAACCCUCUCCUAACCCGGACGACGCUGGGCCAAUUGUGUUCCGCCCCAUGGGUCUCCCAGUCACGGCAAGCUGUGACACAGCCUGGGAUCGAACCCGGGUCUGUAGUGACGCCUCAUGCACAGCAAUGCAGUGUCUUAGACCGCUGCAACACUCUUGGGAGGCCCCCACAAAUUGAUUUUAACAAACAAUUGGUCCCACAAAAAAUGUGGCCCUCCAUUGAAUUUCAAAAUCCCAAUGUGGCCCUCGAGCCAAAAAGUUUGCCCACCCCUGGUCUAGACCUUAAUACCAGCCAUAGGAAAGAAUGAAGGGAUUACCAUUUUCUCCAACAUAUGCAUUAUUGAAAUAAUAAUAAUAGUCCUAAUUACUACAUUUAUAUAACCUACAAAGCAUAUCUAGGUUCAUUUCCUCUGUAUCGUUUAGUAUGUGCGUUCAAAAAAACUUUAAAUGCCUUAUCCCAUUUAUUUUGUGGGCACUGAUAGGGAAACACUGAAUGAUUCAAAUUUGCCUGACAAAACGCCCAACCAGCCAUUAAUUUAAUCUAUCCGGCCUUUUCUGAUCAGUGCCCACCAUAGGAAGGAGACAAAGAACCAAUUGACAAGAACAGGUUACACUGCCUAUUCUAUAUAUGACAUGGCUAUAGCUAGUAAUUGGUAAGUAAUGACAUGGUCCUGGUUUGAUGAUGUAGCACUCCAGCCUGUUCUGUACUGAUGCCGCGUUAACGUGCUAUUUGGAACAAGGAAACUCGUAAACUUCCGACUUGCUAACUGGUUGUAGUUAUACAUGUGCCGUGUUAAACCAGUUAGCAAAUCAGACAUUUCUGAGUGUCCUAGUUCACCUGUGGUGAGUGAAGGGUCUGUGACCAUACACAACAACAACACAAUUCAAAGUUACAAUUUAUUUCUGAAUCGCUGCUAAUGUAUAUUUGGCUCAAUUAAGGAAUCCAAUGUGUUUCUGAGUUUAUCAGUCUCUCAACACUUGGUAAUUAAUCUGAAUGCCAAAAACAAGCAUGGAUGUAAAAAUCAAGACUAAUAAUACUAGUAGUGAAGUUCUUAACAUUGAUUCUUUGCGUUUUGAUAUAAAGACAUGUCAGAAAUGACCUGUACACAUGUAGGACUUGAAAGAGUCCUUCAGAUCAUUUCAUCCAUCAAUGUGUUCAGAAAUGAACCUGGCGUUUGCUCUAAGGUUUACAAUAUUGAUUGAUAUAUUAAGUUGAUCAAUAAAAAACUGCUCAAAUUUAGUUUGAAGAAACAGGGUCAAUCAGUGACCACGUUUACAUGCACACUAAUAUCCCGUUACUAUUCGGGAUACUCAAGUAUUCUGUUUUUGAGUUGAGGCAUAUAAACAUCAUAUCCCGUUUACAAUAACCCGAAAAAGCAUGUAUCCCGGUUAUAUGAAACCAGGAUAAGAUGAUCUUAGACUGGAUACUGUGGCAUGUAAACAUCUUAUCCCGUUUACUGUUAUUUUUCGUGGUUUGCGCACCGAGGUAAAGACAGUUUCAGGUUGGAAAUUCGACGGAUAUUUGCCUGUAGCCUUCCUUACGUCCACCAACAGCAGUUAGGGACCGUCAACAUAGUGACAAAUAAAAAUUUUCAAAUUUCAAUAGCUAUUUAACCAUGGCAUAGACACACAUUGCACACAUUUAUUUUUUGUCGAUUUACAUCUCGAACUAUUUUAAAUGAUUUAUUUACAUUUUUGAAUUUCAAUAGCUCCUUGGUCAUGUGACCUAAUGACUUCAAACAAGGUUCAGCGUGUCCACUGACUAGCCGUCUAUAUUGCACACCCUUUAGUUUGUCCAUUUUCAUCUCACAAGAUUUUACAUGAAUCUUUCAAAAUGUAAAAUUUCAAUAGCUCCUUGGUCAUGUGACCUAAUGACUUCAAACAAGGUUCAGAAUGUCCACUCAGUAUUGACAAAUUAAACAGAAAUUGUAGACCUUUAAUCUUUUCAAAUAAGUAUGAAACAUUUCACAGUGUUAACUUUCUCUUUAUCCCUGGUUGAUGUACAUUUCAGAGCCUCUUCAGUGUGGAUGGGGUAGAGCAUACAUUUUCAACAACAAAGACUGCACUUCCAGUUUGUGUUCUUUACUCUGUUGAAUUAUUUUGUCUUACAGCACAUGGAACCACCGUUGGCAUGCAAAACAUUCAAUCUAAAACAAAACAAAGCGUAACACGUUAUAAAUAAUAUCAAAUAUCAAUGCAGUAUGACGAAUGACGAAUUAGCCACCCAUUGUGUUAUAUCAUAAAUUGUCUUGCAUGCCGUCAAAAGAAUAUAAACAUGUUAAAUAAAGUUACUAACCCAGU